ACUGCAACAACAAGAGACGAUAAAGGCAGUGGCGGAUUUGUGGAGAGGAAAAAAUAGAAAGAAGAAUCAAACAAACAAUCCAUCCAAGGCAACUUCGGAUGUGAAAAGUGAGCCUAAAAAUUGACCUUCCUCGAACGGAAUUACGCUUUUGCGGCAGAGAGGGGGUUUUCCUUUAUGUUGUUCGUCGUCAACAAAGGAAGAAGAAGAAGACGACGAAAAAAGGCCAACAGAGGCAGGCAGGAGUUCCCUUGGCUGCCGUCGCGACGAGGGGCUGGAGCAAAGUAAGAUCGGAGAGCGGCGGCAGCUCGCAGGAUAGUAGAGCGAGAAAACCGGAAGGAGGCGGCGGCGAAGACAUUGGUUGGACGAGCCGUGAGCAGUGGAGACAGAUCUGAGCUCGGGGUUUUGGGGGGAUUGUCGGCGGUGGGACUCGGCGGAAAACGGCGUUCAACUCAGGGCUACUGCUGCAUUUGACACGGUUGCCACUCGGUGAGUCAGUUUCCCAGAAAAAGCAACAAUUCGUUUCUAACUCCAAUUUCCCAGAACUAAAGCCGAGGAGGAUUUUUUCAGGGCUAAAGAGAAAUGGGUCGGAGAAGGCUAGAAUGGUUCAACGGUACGAAACGUUUCUUUCUUUUCUUCUUCUCUUCUGAUUGUGCUUUUCUCCUAGUUGAAAAUCAGAUUCCAACUCAUAAAGCUGAAAGCUUUAAAGAGAAACAAAAAGAACCCUUCAUCCCUUUUGCAAUCAUCACAUUGAUAACCAAUUAUGCUGUAUCUGCACUUUCGCAGAAUUGGGUCGGCUGUGGUGAAAUCGCAGCACAUUUUGAAGGGGUAAAAAUGGCGGAUUCUUACUUCUUCGCCUUCAUCGUAAUUCUCCUAUCAUUAUCAUUACUACCAACAUCAGCAAGAGCACAGGAGAUGGUCACAUCACCAGAGGAACUGGAUCUUCUCGUUAGGGACUACACGUUCAAGUCCUUUGGCAGCCGGAGAAGGAUCAAAACAGGGGAAAUUUACAAUGUAGACAUCCCGGCUAACCUCUCUGAUGGUGGUGUGAUCACGGCGAAUGCAGCGAGGUUCCGGUGUGGCAGCCUGAGGCGGUAUGGCGCCCGGUUCGAUGGAGUCAGACUACAGCGCGGCAUAAAGGUCCAGCCAUGCUUUCUGAGAGUGAUGGUGAUCACACAGAACUUGGGUCUCAAUUGGUCAUCUCUCUACUCAUCAAACUAUGACCUCUCUGGCUACCAAUUGGUGUCCCCAAUUUUAGGCCUUACUGUCUAUAAUUACAACCCCAGCAGCAGCUACAACCCCAAUUCCAGCUACCCUCUAGAGGUUGGAAUCCGUUCUGGUCAAGGAAACCCUCUCAUCACUAUCAGUUUCAGCAACACUACAAAUGAUCACAACAAUUCUUCUUGUGCCAUAUUUGAGAGGAGUGGGACGGUGAGCUUGACACAGCCUGUUUCUCCUCGAGUCUGUGAGUCAACAGUGGACGGCCAUUAUGGGUUGGUGGUGAAGCUGCCUCCAAUGGUGCCACCAGCUCCUGCUCCAGUAGCAGGAGGAGGUGAAGGUGGAGGCAAAGGCAAAGGCAAAUCACCCAAGCGGAAAAUGGUAGUAGGGUUCACCGUGGGGGCUGCGAGUUUGGUUGCGAUGUUGGCUGUUCUGGUGGUCAUUGGUAUGAUGGUUAAGAAGAAGAGGAGGAUUGCGGAGAUGGAGAGAAGGGGUUAUGAAGGUGAAGAUCUGCAGUUUGCUGUGGUUGGGAAUGUUAGAACUCCUGUGGCUGGUAGUACUAGAACUCUUCCCAGCCUAGAGCAUGAUUUCGUCCCUCGUAACAAUCCUUCCUCCAGAGAUUGAAUAAGAUGGGAAAGGAAGGAAGAAAGAAAGAAAACUGUGAAUUCUUUUCUGUUUGUUUUUUGGUCGGAUCAUUCUAUCUAUUUGUGAUCAUAUUCUUUUGUAAUUCUUGGGUGAACAGGAAGCCAAUGAGCAUUCUCCAGUAUUUGGUCUCUAGUAUAGUAUGUAUUCUUUUCUCCUGAAAAAUAGAAUUCAGGGGUUGGA